AACCCCUGUGGAUGCUUUCCCUCGAUACAGGAGCGCAACGAGACGGAUUGCGAUCAUUUCCUUUCAUUCCAUUCCAUCGUAGAAGGCUUAGACGAGCAGGAGGCCGACCACCAUUCCAAGAACACCAGAAGCAUCUUAAUCUCAUACACAAGAUAUCGAAGGAGAAGGACAGAACUAGAGUACAACCUGAUCAAUCAUUUUCACACGCAUUAAGAAUAUACCAUCAUGUCAGAAUUCAUGUCUUCCACGCCGAGCUUAAAAUUCUAUGACAAAUCCGAAGCCAGCCACAGAUGGUUCGAUUCGCCCCAACAUUACGUCGACGAGUUGGGUGGGCCAAAAGGUUUUGUUAUYGAAAAGAUACUGAUCGCAAACAACGGAGUGGGCGCCGUCAAAGCGAUUCGCUCCAUGAGGAAAUGGAGUUAUGAGGUCUUCGGAAAYGAGCGCGCCAUUAAGUUUGUGGUUAUGGCUACCCCAGAGGAUAUGCGGUGAGUGCGAAAAAUCUGAAUGYGUCAAUGGAGAGGGUGAAAACAUUAUGGAUUGUUUUGUUGAAGUGUUUCUGUUCAGUUGUAAGUGGUAGUCCUGUCUCUCACACAUCCUUUCGAUAUUCCCUCUCAGUGCGAACGCGGAAUACAUUCGUAUGGGAGACGUCAUCAUUGAUGUUCCUGGUGGAUCGAACAAUCACAACUACGCUAAUGUGACGCUAAUUGUUGAAUUAGCUCGCCUUCAUGGUGUCCAGGCUGUUUGGGCCGGAUGGGGACACGCCUCGGAAAACCCUCUCCUACCCAAUUCCCUCGCCAGCAGCACYCCACCCAUCAAAUUCAUCGGUCCUGCCGGUCCGCCGAUGCAGGCUUUAGGGGACAAGAUUGGGUCGACCAUUAUCGCCCAAACUGCGGGUGUUCCUUGUAUUGGUUGGAACGGAGAUGAAGUCAGAGCAGAGUAUGACCGAAAUACGGGAAGYCUUCCCGAUCUUGCCUACGAACAGGGAACUAUUCAUUCCGCGACAGAAGCGAGUGAGGCCGCAACCCGAAUUGGUUUUCCUGUUAUGAUUAAGGCUAGUGAGGGUGGUGGUGGAAAGGGAAUUCGAAUGGUUCACAAAGCUGAGGAUGUUGCGAACGCCUACCGCCAAGUUUGUGGAGAAGUCCCUGGRUCUCCCAUUUUCAUCAUGAAACUUUCCACGAACAGUAGGCACUUAGAGGUCCAACUGCUAGCGGACGAAUACGGAAAUGCUGUUGCACUGAACGGUCGUGAUUGUUCUGUCCAAAGACGUCAUCAAAAAAUCAUCGAAGAAGGUCCUCCAGUAUCGGCCAAGCCCCACGUAUGGAAGGAGAUGGAAGAUGCCGCGGUUGCCCUCGCUAAGGCUGUUGGAUACGCCAAUGCUGGAACUGUAGAAUAUUUGUAUUCGGAGGACGACGCCAAAUUUUACUUUCUUGAACUGAACCCUCGUCUUCAGGUUGAGCAUCCUGUCACGGAAAUGAUUACCAACGUGAAUCUCCCCGCUGCUCAAUUGCAGGUGGCCAUGGGAAUUCCUCUCGACCUUAUCCCGGAAAUUAGAACGCUGUACGGUAGAAGCCGAUUUGAGGAUAACCCUUCCUCACCAGAGGCUCGCAUUGACUUUGCUAGUGCAGAACGACAACCUGCUAACGGCCACUGCAUUGCUGUGCGAAUUACGGCCGAAAAUGCCGAGGCGGGAUUCAAACCCACCAGUGGAGGCAUUCAAGAGCUCAACUUCAGAUCUACUCCAAGCGUUUGGGGUUACUUUUCAAUGGAUUCGAGUGGAAGCAUUCAUGAAUUUGCCGACUCUCAGUUUGGUCACUUGUUUGCCAAUGGUGUCGAUCGGGAACAAGCCAGAAGAAACAUGGUUCUGGCCCUGAAAGAACUCUCCAUUCGGGGAGACAUUUCAACGACAGUUGAUUACAUUUCGCGUUUGAUUGAACUUGAAGACUUUAUCGACAAUAAUAUUGAUACGGCUUGGUUGGAUGGUAUCAUCAAAGAAAACGUUGACGGGAUUGCGAAUCUGGUAGAUGAAAAUUCGGGUCAAAAUGCGACAUCAGGUAGAUCUAGUUUGAAACGCAAUACUCUAUCUGURACCGAUUUGACAAGCGAAUGCUCUCACUUGUACGUGGUUUUGGGAGCGACGAUUGUAGGCUACGAAAAUUGCCGCGAAGACGAGUCAACUUUUCUGGAACUGAUGUCGAAGGGGCAACUCCCAUCUCGAAGUCUCUUGAAGAUGUCUCAUUCGGUUGAACUAAUUCUCAACGGAACCAAAUACAAAAUGACGUGCACGCGYAAGGGACAAAACUCCUUCAAGAUCGAACUUGCUGAGGAUUGCAGAUCUAACAUGGGUGGAAGUUUUGUGAUGACKACUGUUCGUUCUUUGAGCGACGGUGGGUACUUGAUACAGAUUGGUGGCCAAUCUCACGUUGCUUAUCUGACGAGUAGGGGCGAUGCAGCAACUGGAAUGAAAUUGAAUGUUGCCGGUUCCAGUAUUGCCUUUUCACCUGAUUACGAUCCUACCUCUCUGCGAACUGACGUUGCAGGAAAAUUGGUGAAACGACUCGUCCCAGAUGGCACCCGUGUCAAGAAGGGAGAGGCAUACGCCGAAAUCGAAGUAAUGAAAAUGUUCAUGCCUCUGAAGGUCGAAGAAGCAGGUGUUGUCGAAUGGAAGGCUAAUGAAGGUGCUGCCUUGAGUCCUGGUUCUUUGUUGGCGACCUUGGAGUUAGACAAUCCCGAAAACGUUGCAACGACCACAGUUUUCCAAGGAAGCCUUCGUGUUGAAGGAUGGGGAGAUUCAACGCGACCGGCCAAUGCCAAAAGACCUCAUUUGAUUUUGCGCGCUGCUAUGGAUGCACUGAACUGUGCUAUGUCGGGAUAUUCUCUGGGACAAGAUGAAGUUGACGAAGCGAUGGAAGAUUUGAUGAAGGCAGUAACUGAUCCGUCAUUACCUGUACUGGAAGUUGAUGAACAACUAUCAGUGUUGAGUGGCCGCAUCCCAGCAAAACUUUAUGGCAACAUAUCUUCUUUGAUUCGGGAUUUCGAUAGCACKAGUCGGUACGUUUUGGAAGUUCGUAUUGGUUUUAAUUUCCGUUUGCUUUUCUUUGCGGGGAACUGAAGUUGGCAUGAAUCUCACAGUUAUGAACUCUUCCCUCAUUUAGGUUCCCCGCUUCACAAGUUUUGUCGCUCUUGGAUGAAUWUGCAUCAUCUUUGAACGAUGCCUCUGCAAAGAGUGCAUUUGCGGCUUUGACGCAACAACUCAACGAUGCGACUACUCCUUACACAAGGAGCAAAAUAGAUGCCGUCCAAGGUGCCGAAAAAGCUCUGAAAUCCUUCAUUGACAUACUUCGCCAGUGGAUUUCUGUGGAGCGCUGGUUCUGCGAUGARCCAUCCUACGCAGACUCGGUUGAAAACAUCCGCAAAUUGCACAAGGAUGAUGCCACUACAAUAUUAAAUAUCUGCAGAUCACACGAACAAGUUCAAACUACAUCKUACAUCAUCACUCGCAUCAUGGACGCCAUUGAUGAUGGCUCACGUGCUGAGCGCAUUUCAAUCGUAGCAGGUGCAGAAAGCCUUCUCGAUGCAUUGCCUUCGAUCUCUGAAGUUGGUAUGAUGGGCCAACGAAGUGAAUACUCCCAAGUCGCGCUUCGAGCUCGAAAACUUCUCAUGCAGGAGAGUAUGCCUAAUCUUGAAUUAAGGAAACAAAGAGUAAGAGUUGCGGCUCAAAAACUCUCUAGUUCUGAUACCAAGGAAGCAGAUGAUCUCCUAGCUGAACAAACACCGCUACUCGAUGUCUUCUUUCCGCUUUUGAAAGAAGUGACUUCAUCCAACGAGGAGAUCGGACUCUUGGAACUAUAUGCGCGGUACUUAUACCGAUUUUACACUACUAAUGAAACUGAGAGAAGCAGCGAUGAACGAUUGGUCAAAUUUUCUUUCUUUAACAAAACCUCUGAGAGAGUUUUGCAUAAAAUGACUUCUGUUCCGAGUAUGACUGCUCUUUCAAGCGCUGUGAGCUCWUCUAAUCUCACAAGCCUUAGCGAUUCUACCGAGGGAGACAAGGAAAAGAAAGUCCUUAGUGUCAGUGGUUUGGAAAAGGUUCCAUCGAAUGUUGCGAGAACCGGUAUCUGCAAGAUUAUCGACUCUAUUGAUGAUAUUGACGACCCCUCAGUUUUCGAAGGAAUUUUGAAGAAUUUCCCUCAGUUUUCAUCAUCCGAAAGUGAAAAUGUUGGCCCUAUCAAUGUGCUCUACCUUAUUGUUUCAAAAACUGACGUGGAGAAYGACGAAAAGUCAUGCGAUUUGAUGUCUGGAAUUUGUCAGUCGAAGUUGUCACCGUACAAGGAUUUGUUAGAAAAAGCCAACAUUCGUCGAGUAACUGUGUCUUUCGACCAAGAAGCCACGGAYAAUAUUGGUGCMUCUCCUGCAACUUUCACGUAUCGUUCGCCUUUAUUUGAAGAAGAGUCUCUCAUUCGGGGGAUCGAUCCAAGCCACGCGAUCAACCUCGAUCUCGGUCGUGUCGCUUCCAACUUCUCCGUCAGAACAACAGGUGCACGCCAUACUUCGACGUCACAYGUCCACAUGUACGAGGCAACACCUCGCGCUUCGGCGCUUGCGAAUGAUAAGAGGGCCAACAAGAGCCCCCGCAUUUUUGUCCGUGCGUUGAGCUUCUCACUAGAUUUCUCUUCGAAUAGUUUCGAAAGGAUUCUUGUUGAUGCAUUGAAUGCACUGGACUUGUGCUCUGAAAACAGACGCGCGGAUAACCAUCUUUUUAUUAAUUUGGUAAGCGACUUCGAGAAAGUUGUUCUAGAUCCCGUUGUAGUCGAGCAAGUYGUCGUUGAUAUUCUCAAGCGACACGGGGACCGUGUAUCAAAUCUUGGAAUUGUCGAAGUUGAAACGAAGAUUCUCUGUUCCCUUAGUCGCGAUUCUUUGCCAAUUUCGUUACGACUUGUGGCUAGCAACCCGACGGGUUAUGUYCAUGUUUUGAGCACUUAUGUCGAGGCAGCCGACGAAACUGAUGGCGAUAGAGUCUUCAAACUUAUUGGAGGAACGAAGGCUACUCUUGCGGGAGCAGGAGAUAGCUCCUGGGAGGGUCUUCAUGUCGAUACUCCUUAUCCACUUACACGUCCAUUCGAUCACCAACGGCGAGCAGCGCUGAGAUCUUCCGAUACUCUUUACGCUUAUGAUCUACCCGCGCUUUUCGAAGCUGCCGUAGAAUCCGAAUGGAUCAAUGCCUCAAAGAUUGAAGGAGCYCAAGGCACUGACCGCCCUUUGAUGGUAAUGUACACAACUGAGCUUGUUGUUAAGAAUUCAAACCCAUCAKCUGCCCCCGAUGACUGGACGAUGGAUGAUUAUCUCAAYGGUGAUCUUGAACUUGUACAAGUAAACAGAGGUGCUGGUGCGAAUGAUGUUGGUAUGGUGGCAUGGCUCAUGGAAUUAAAAACUGUCGAAUACCCRAACGGACGUCAAGUUGUAUUGAUUGCAAAUGAUAUUACUCACAAAGCAGGUAGCUUCGGAACUCGUGAGGAUGUUGUGUUCAARCUUGCCUCAGAGUUUGCAAGAGAAAAGAGAAUCCCUCGCCUUUACGUUGCUGCUAAUUCAGGAGCCCGRAUUGGCGUUUCGGAAUCGGUUCGAAAGACUUUCAAAGUGGCAUUCAAGGAUGUAUCCAAGCCAGAGAAUGGCUUCGACUUCAUCUACGUCACUGAUGAUGAUUAUUCAGCCUUGACAGCAGGUGAUAAACCCUUGAUCAAAGCCGAACCUAUCACCUACGCCGGUCAAAGCGUUCAUCGUGUCACAGACAUUAUUGGAUCAGAACCCGACCUUGGAGUCGAGAACUUGAAGGGAUCAGGUCUUAUUGCAGGAGAAACCAGUUCCGCAUACAACGAUAUUUUUACGUUGACCAUAGUGCUUGGAAGAACAGUUGGUAUUGGCGCGUACCUAGUUCGCCUCGGACAACGUACGAUUCAGAAGACAACGGCAUCCCCUAUCAUUUUGACUGGCUAUCAAGCACUUAACAAAUUGAUGGGUGUUGAUGUYUACUCCACAAACGAUCAACUAGGAGGGCCGGGCAUUAUGUACUCAAAUGGUGUAUCGCAUCUCGCCGAAAGCGACCAUUUGCGCUCAGUUCAAGCCGCCAUUAAUUGGCUGUCUUAUGUGCCCUCACAGAGACGAGGUCUAUUGCCGAUCAMGGACAUAAGAGGUCUCGACGAGAUUGAGCGUCCGAUUUCCUUUAGCCCUGUUCCUGGAAUUCCUUACGAUCCUCGUUCUCUUCUCACAGGGGCUGAAGACGAUAAUGGAGUUUGGCAGAGUGGAUUUUUUGAUAAAGGAAGCUUCAAGGAAGCCCUUGCCGGUUGGGCGAAGUCGGUGGUCGUAGGACGYGCACGACUUGGUGGUAUCCCAAUGGGUGUUGUCAUUACUGAGAACCGAACAGCCGAAAAUAUCAAGCCUGCCGAUCCYGCCGAUGUAAAAGCCUCCGAGGCGGUUAUCCAAGAAGCUGGUUGCGUAUGGUUCCCGAAUAGCGCAUACAAGACUGCCCAAGCAAUCAACGACUUCAGAACAGAGGACUUGCCUCUUAUUGUCUUYGCCAACUGGCGUGGAUUCAGUGGUGGUCAACGUGACAUGUUUGAYGAAGUGUUGAAGUACGGAUCACUGAUUGUUGACGCAUUUGUUGCCUACGAACAACCUGUCUUCGUUUUCAUUCCUCCUUUUGCAGAGAUCCGCGGAGGAGCAUGGGUUGUGCUCGAYGCUUCCAUCAAUGCAUCAGUAAUGGAAAUGUACGCAUCAUCSGAGACUGCCAGAGGUGGUGUUCUCGAAGCAAAUGGUUUGGCUAGUGUCAAGUACCGAACUAAGGACUUGCUCAAGACUAUGCAUCGAUUGGACAAAACAUUGGUCGAUCUCGACAAACAGCUCACUUCAGAAGGUCUUUCAGAUACCGAAGUAGACAAUAUURAGAAAUCUAUCAAGAGCCGUGAAUGCGCGCUUCUUCCUGUCUAUGAGCAAAUUUCUGUUCAGUUCUGCGAGCUUCACGACACACCAGUUCGUAUGGAAGCAGUCGGUGUCAUUCGAAAACAAGUUGAAUGGAAAUCGUCAAGAUCCUUCUUCUACUGGCGUCUUCGAAGGAAACUUGCGGAAUUUGACCUACGAAAAAAGCUCAUCGAUGCGUCGGAAGUUGGCCGCGGUGUAGCCAGCCCUACUCCUCUGGAAGCCACCGAUAUGAUUAAGCAAUGGUUCUUGCAAUCCGAAGGUAUGGAURCUGCAAAAUGGGAAGACGACAAAGCAAUGCUAACUUGGAUGGGUAACAACCACGAGCUAUUGCAAUCGAAAGUAAUUAAUUUCACUCAGGAAUGCGUGAGUCAAGAGGUUAUGAAGGUAAUGACGGCUGGUGGCAACACUGCGAAGAUUGGCACAAGAGGAAUUGUCGAGGGCAUCAGUCGUGCGAUGAAUACCAUGACAGAAGAAGAAAAAGAAGCCUUCAAGGCAAUGUUGGGACAGACUCUACAACUAUAGUAAUUGUGAAUCGAAUAUGAAUUGAAUCAGUGUGAUUUUGAACCGUGGCUUCAUCAACAACAUACUUCUUGUACGCAGUAUCUGACUUGUUUUAUAGAAGAGAUAGUUUAGCAACGUGGUCUUCGUUAAGUUAAUUCAUUUUGAGAAAACAUUUUGWUCGAGCGAGAUGGAAUCAUAAGCAUUCACCAGCUUCCGGGGAGAAAACUUUAUAUUCACAUUCUUAUUGCGACACAAUCGAGAGAAAUUGCGAAUAACAUUAUCUUCCACUGUUUCCCUSUAGAAAGUAAGGAUUUGAUUCUACAGCUUGAUCGGCUCGCCCUUCUAACAUAUCAUCAGAUUUGAGGAGAGUUUGSCGGAGGGCUUCCAGUGUUUCUGGAUUCGGAGUUCCCCACAUUCCUCUUUGGGCCGCUUCUAGCAAGCGUUCCGAAACCCCUCGUAAUGCCCAAGGGUUGCUCUGUUCAUAGAAUUCUUGUGUUGACUCAUCAAGUGCAUACGAUUGAGCAAUUUGCUCAUACAUGAAGUCGCUGACCACCUCAGCGGUUGCAUCGAAUCCGAAAAGAUAAUCUACCGUGGCUGCCAUUUCGGAAGCUCCUUUGUACCCGUGUCGUUUAAUGCUUUCCAGCCAUUUAGGAUUGAUGACUCUUGUGCGGUAUACACGCAAGGUUUCUUCUUUUAUAUCUCUCACUUUGGGUGUGUCUGGAUCUUGGGUAUCUCCGAAAUAACCUUUUGGUUGUUUUCCCGACAAGGCUCUGAUUGUGGCAAUCAUACCGCCAUGAAAUUGGAAAUAGUCAUCACUGUCAAAAAUAUCGUGUUCCCGGUCGUCCUGAUUGUGAAUUGCAACUUCGACUGUUGUCAAACGAUGUGUAAAUUCUGAUUUGGCCUCUGUUCCCUCGAUCUCUUUGCUGCUAUAAGCAUAUCCUCCCCAAUUGAUGUAACAUUUUGCGAAGUCAGAUUCAUCUUCCCAAUUUUGUGCUUCGAUAAGAUCCAAAAUCCCAAUUCCUAUUUUUCAAACAGCAGGAAGAUGAACGAUAUGAGAUCUAUUCUUGUAUGGGACAGAAAACUCGGCCACAAAAUCAACCUUACCAUAGGCCCCUGGCGGGCAUCCAAAAAUACGAUAGCGGGCCGAACAUUCAUCCAUUUCUUCUUUAGACAUAUCUUCUAAAAAAUGUUUUCGAACAUAAUUUUGGUCCRGUGGCUCCUCAGCAUUGAUUGCWAGAUUGACUGCCUCGUCAAGUAGGGUUAUCAAAUGGGGAAAGGCAUCGCGAAAGAAACCACUAAUGCGCACAGUGACGUCAAUGCGCGGACGGAGGAGUUCGGCAAGCGGAAUUAGUUCUACACCGGUGACACGGUGAUUUUCUUGUUGCCAAAUAGGGCGCACACCGAGCAACGCAAAUAUCUGAGCUAUGUCAUCUCCAUGUGUCCUCAUUGCUGCGGUUCCCCAGACACUGAUUGCUACGUGCUCYGGAUACGCUGCUGUUUCUGCCAGGUAUCGAGAUAACACCUCUUUCGCCAASCCUUGCCCAACUUCCCAAGCCGCCAAGCUGGGAAGAGCUUGCGGAUCGCAGGCGUAGAAAUUACGCCCCGUGGGCAACAAAUGGGCCAUUCCCCGCGUGGGAGAUCCACUCGGUCCAGCAGGAACAAACCUACCAUUCAACGCGUCGAGGAGGUGCUUGAUUUCUUGCGUUGUACCCUGGAGGGAAGGAACGAGUGUCUCACAAACAAAAGUUAAUACUUCAUUGAGUUUUUGUAUUUCAGCAGAUACCGCCAUUCCAGGAAACGUUUGCCCUACAACGGAUGAGAUUUUUUCUGCGUCGAAGUUCUGCUGAUCCAGCAAAGCCAACAAGUGCUUCGCUAGCUCAUCGAUGGCCUGUACGGCGUCACCAGCAGUUGCAAGAGGCCGAUCUGCCAAACUGAUUAGAAUGCG